UUUUUUAGUAAAAGUGAACUAUUUUUGAAUUUGUUUCAACUUGGGCAGUGCAUACUUCAUUGUAUAUUAUAAUAUCAUGUCGUUAAAUAGUUAUGCAAUUGUAUAUGACUUACCAGUAUCGGAUGAUGGAGAGCAAUAUACAAUUGUUUUGAAAAAAUGGCUUCAUGAAAAGGAGACUAUAACUUACUUAAGCCAUCCUACAAGCAAGGAGUACCAAAAAUCGUUACGGCUUAAAAGAAAUCCCGAUAAGUUAUGGAGUGUAACAGCGGUACAGGUCGUGGGAUACUAUGAUACUUAUGAACAGGCCAAGGCAAAAGAAACCAAAUUAUUGCAAUAUAAAUCUUCAUCUGAAGUGGAAGAAAAUGUGACACACAGAAACAAUAAGGCUCUAAGGGAACUCUGCACUAGUAGAAGGGACAGUGAUUUCCAUUACGAAGAGGACCAAGAUUCGUUAUCACCAUUACCUCUUCCAAAUCAGAAUAAGUUGGAUGAGGCGGGUAUAUCAUUAGAGGAUGUACCUGUAGUCAUAAUUCCGCCUCAUGAAGAGAUCCAAGUGCCGAAGUUGACUCUCCCGCAUCAUCAGCAGAUAGUAUGGUAUCGAACCAAGCAGUGUUCAACUUACUUCGAAGCAUCAAUGAUCAAUUGGUAAAGUGUGAUUUAUUAUUGCAAAGUCACACAGAUAAAUUAAAUGGUAUAGAAAAAAAAUUAAACAUUUUACCAUUCCAACAAGAUAUUCCAGUUUUAUCCAUCGAACUUCCCCUUAAAACAGUUGAAGAAUUGGAACAUUUUGAAGAAACUUUAAAAGACGAGACCCAAUUGGCAGCAUUGAAACAUAUUUUGAAGCGCCUCGUCGAAUCUACGGAGCGGAGUUCUGUUUUUAAAAUGCUUUCUAAAAUGUUCGAUUUUGAACUGGCAACAAUUUGUUCCUGGAAGGGUCGAAAACAAAAUUAUAGAACUGAAAACCUUGCACUGAUUAAAAUUCUGAUUGAAACAGUUCAUGAUUCUUUCCCUUACGCAAAGGAUGGUGUGAUCGAGCAUGCAGGCAUUGACUGGUUUCGAGCUGCUCAACAGCGAUUUGCAAGAAGGAAGAAUACACUGCAGUGACUUUACAAGUGUAAUCAAUGCAGUCACAUGGGAUUUCUUUAUUUAAAUUAUGUUAAGUUAAUUAUUCAUUGACUGAACUUUGAUUAGGAUAGUUUUUUAUCUGUAAAAAUUAUUUGUAUUCCUUGUUUUUUUUAUUGUAUGUGUGAUUUCUUUAGGUUAAGUUAUAAUUCAUUUACCUACCUACUGAAGGUUGUAAUGGAGUGUUCUUUAUAUCUAGUUUGACGAAUUAUCUUGUAGUCACCUGUUUGUUGGUCACUUUUUAUAAUUAAUAUUUGUUCCCUUUCAUUUUAUUGCUUAAUCAUAGAAUGAUCAGUCCAAUUCUGUAACUUGAAAUAACCUUAGCAACUUGCUAAUAGUGAAGGUAAUUGCUACAUGAUCAGCAUUUAUUAUGAUCAUAUGGGGUUAUUAAAAGAACAGUUUUUGCA